AUGAUAGAAAGUAACCCUGGUAGAAGAUGGUCUACAGGGGUUUCCUACUUCUUCGACCAGAGUGUAGAUGCCAAGAUUCAAAGCGUCUUCAAGAAAGCUACACAACAAUGGAUGUCUGAUACAUGUAUCAACUUCAUGCAGUCCAAAUCCGCGGAAGACAGCAUUCGAGUGUUUGCGGAGGACGGAUGUUGGUCCUUCGUUGGUAAACGUGGUGGUGUGCAGAAUCUAUCUCUGGGCCAAGGCUGUGACACGGUAUGA